UGGAAUUCGCCGCCCGAUGAUAUCGCGAUUGCGUUUCGAAGGUGACGAGCUCUGUUUGGAAACAUAUUGAAUUGAGUGGGACAGGUGUCCUGAAGAAAAACACGACUUUCAUUUAAAAUUAACACUAGAUAUGACAAGUCGUUACACCAAGACCACCCUGGCUGGGGGUCAGAGGAAGAAGACUGGUCCCAAACCAGAGCUUACAGAGGAACAGAAGCAAGAGAUUCAAGAGGCAUUUGAUCUCUUUGAUACUGAGGGAACAGGAACCAUCGAUGCUAAGGAACUCAAGGUUGCCAUGAGAGCUCUUGGUUUCGAACCCAAGAAGGAAGAGAUUAAGAAGAUGAUUCAAGACAUUGAUAAGGAGGGUUCAGGAACCAUUGACUUCAAUGAUUUCCUACAACUGAUGACUGCAAAGAUGAGUGAGAAGGAUUCAAAGGAGGAGAUCCUAAAAGCAUUCAAGCUUUUUGAUGAUGAUGAGACGGGCAGAAUCUCCUUCAAGAAUCUCAAGAGGGUGGCCAAAGAACUAGGUGAAAACCUAACCGAUGAAGAAUUGCAGGAAAUGAUUGAUGAGGCUGACCGAGACGGUGAUGGUGAAAUCAACGAGCAGGAAUUCCUCAGGAUAAUGAAGAAAACAAGUUUAUAUUGAUGAAGUGAUGAUUCUACAAACCCUGUAAAUAUUGUAAAUACUCAAUGGAAGGUUGUCUUUUAUGCAGGGCUCAACACUAUAAACAGGUCCAAGUCCAAGGGCAGUGGAACUCUUUUAGCCCACUCAAUACGAGUUGAUUGUGGUAUGAUAUGUGUUUACCAUAGACCAUGGCUUGAGUUAUUUGGUCUUAGUAUACAAAUUCAUGAUCAUUCUUUAUUAACCUGUUGAAUACUGAAUUCUCUCAUUUAUGUAAGUUUAAUUCAGGAACCGACCAGUUCUCAUUGCCAAUGGGUUAAAUUUUCAAGAAUGUUCCAUGAGAGAUAGAGCACCACUCUUCUUGUUUUGGGGAGUUUCCCUAAGUUAAUGUUGAGCCCUGUAUAAUGUAUUGAAGUACUGAGAUUGGAUGUAAAUUAUACUAAUGUAUAACUGUACUUGUGAAUUAUUGAACAUGUAUAUAAGUAUAUUCAUGUGCAUCAUAGAUUCAUUGAGCGUCCCACAUGCACCAUGUUACAACUUGGUUACUAUAUACAUAAAAACAGAAUAGUGUGUAACAAUGUAUUUUUUUACAUUGAACAUAAAGUUAUAUUUUCAGCAUAUAGGUAAAUGGAUUUCAAAAGAAAUAUGCUGUAUUCCAGAGUAUACAUGAAUACACUUGUUUGGAUUUGGUGAUUUAAUUUUCUUCUUUGAUAAUUGAACAUUCAGAAUACACAUUUCUACAUAAGGCUGUGAUAUUAGGUAUUUAUUUUCUCUUACUGAAAUUGUUAAUAAUCAAUUAAGAUAACCUCAAUGUUUACUGAGGUAAUCAAUAGUUGAUACAGCAUUAUUAUAUAAAAAUUAAAUAUUAUUAUUAUUAUUAUUAUUAUUAAUAUUAUUAUUACUAUUAUUAUUAUUCUUAUUAUUAAUGGUAUGUCAAUAACUGAGCGAACUAGCACUAUGGUAUGAAUCCUGUUAUUUCAGUAUUUGUUAGGAUAAAGUAAUAAACUUGUACAAUGUAGCAACUUCUGAUCUGGUUGAGCUAGUCUGUUGUCAUAUUGAGAUUCAUAAUUCAUUAUCUCUUUAAAUUAGAAUGAACAUUUCAGGUAAGGCUAAGUACUGUCUAUAGUUUCUUAACCAUUAUGCUACUGUAUUACUACUUUGCACCUCUUUUCUCUUCAAACUGUACACCAAGUGAACUUCUCAAUGUGAUCAACUUCACAGUAGUUAUUCAGAAUGUGAUUUUCUUAAAUGUAUUUGAUAGGUUAUUAUAUAUCUACACCAGCUGUUUUUAUUGGGUACCGGACUUGAGUCUUGGGGGCAUAUAUGCAUGAGCUCUAUGUUGUAGACAUCCUGAACUUUUGAGGGGUCCGACUUAGAUUUUUGGUGUCAAUGUGUCUCAGGUGCCUGUUAGCAUUGAGCCCUGGGAUAUGACAACAUUGUUUCAACUGUGUUGUUAGUUGAAGUGACAUAGGACACAGCAAAUAGAUUUCUCAAACUCUUCCACAUUUCAGCACUGUCGCCUUACAUAAUUCCCGACAGUAGGUGACAACUUGUCAGAAAGGCUAUAUUCUCUUUGAUAUUAUUAGGAUACUGGAGACUUUCAUGAAACACAUAAAACAUCUGUUUGGAAACACCUUCAGGCAAGUUUUCUUUAAAUGAUAAAAAAAUAAAUAAUAUAAUUGGUUUACUAAAUGUACAGGAAUAAUUUGUCUAUAAGCAUUCCAAAUAUUUAUUGGCUCUCAUUUGUAUUCAUGAGUGAUCAGUGUAAUUACUACAUAUGUUAGGAUUGAAUGUGUACAUGUAAUAAAUAAUAUUAGUGUGUUUUGAAAUGUAA